ACAAGGAAAAGGAAAGAACAAUCCGUAUGCGUGGAAUAACUUCAUUAUUGCGAGGAAACAGUAAAUUGAAUAGAAUCUACCCUGUUAGAGCAUCAUGGGUUGCCACUGUAACACCAAAGAAGGUAAAUGAUGAUGGUUUUGAGAAGAAAGAAGAGAUGAAAAAGGAGGAAGUUGAUCCAAUUGUUACUUUCAGUAAGCCUCCACCUAUGCCACCUGUUCUUGGACCACUUGUUCUCUUCUCGCUUUGGGAAACAUGGUCAACUCCAGACGACAAGUGACAACUGAAAUUAAGGUGUCGUGUUUUUUUUCUUGCAAAAUAUCGAAUGAUUCUAACACUUAAAAACUUGAUCACUAUAACUAUAUAUUGUAAAUCUUUUGUAUUAAUAGAAGUAUGACUUUGUGUCA